AGUACAUAUUCUCAUCGCAAUCGUGGCGCCAAAGGCAUAAAAGUUUACUUUCAUCUAAAAAUGAAUGAAUAAAAUAACGCGUGAGUGUCGGAGUGUCAAGUCACGUCUUGUGAAUUUCAUUGUUCAUUGAAAACGAACUCUUAUAGUAUGCGUCCAGUGAUAUUUAGAUGUUUUAUUUUUGUUCUCGAAGUGAGCAUGGUGAAGCUGUAGGGCCUCGUCAAUAACGGAUCGAAUAUCGAUGGACUAAUAAUUGCGGUCACGACCAUGACAGUCUUACGACAUCGUAAUCGCCUCUGUGGUGCCCUGCUUGUUGUAGACUGUAGGUUCCGCAUGUUCACCAUUACGAAUACGGCUCUGUGACGUUUUGUGAGAUACGUGACCUUCAUCGAACGAGUUGUCAAGUUUUGUUGAUUUCCUGCUAGCGAAGGGCUCUCUGCUCAGUGUAGUAAAACUUAAAAGUGUGGACAAGCGUGAGCAAGUGACGAGUGUGCAUGGCUCGAGUACUGGGUUAUGGCCCGCUGCUUUGAGAUGUUCGUGUUUUGGCUUUCCGUGUUUAUCGACGCUGUACUUUGGCCGAAGGCGCGGCGCAAAGAGCGCGAGGGAGAGGGCGCGGGCGACCCCAAGCUGUACCUGCAGGAGGCGCUGCUGGAGCGGAAGCUGCCCGAGCUGGACAUGCGCCAGCUCGUCGACCUGCCCGACGGCCUCGACUACAACGAAUGGCUCGCGUCGCACACCCUGGCGUUGUUCGACCACGUGAACCUGCUGUACGGCACGGUGUCCGAGUUCUGCACGGCGGCCACGUGCGCCGACAUGACGGGCCCGGGCGGCCGCACGUACGCGUGGUACGACGAGCGCGGCAAGAAGUCGCGGGUCGCUGCGCCGCAGUAUGUCGACUACGUCAUGACGUACACACAGAAGACGGUCAACGAUGAGACUAUUUUUCCUACUAAAUAUGCGAACGAGUUCCCGGCGCAGUUCGAGAGCGUGGUGCGGCGCGUGGUGCGACUGCUGUUCCACGUGGUGGCGCACAUGUACGCGGCGCACUUCCGCGAGCUCGCCAUGCUGCGCCUGCACGCGCACCUGCACCUCACGUUCGCGCACCUGACGGCGCUGGACCGGCGCUUCGCGCUGCUGGAGCACAAGGAGACGGAGGUGCUGCGCGACCUGGAGGUGGCGCUGCGGCUGUCGGAGGCGGCGGGCGAGGCGGGCGGCGCCGGCGAGGCGGGCGCGGCGGGCGGCGCCGGCGAGGCGGACGACGCGUCCCCGCGGCGCCGCUCGCCCGUCGUCACGCAGCCGCUGGCGUCGGCGUGACCGGCCACCGUAGGGUACUUAAGAAUUGUCAGAUGCCUUCCGCGAUGCGAUCGAAAGUUGACGCGUGUACGUUUCGUAAGUUGAAGAUUGUUAACUCUAUUGUAAAUAUUUCAAUCUGUUAAGUAGUUUUAGGAGAUUACGAUUAGUUUAUAAAUUUGUGAUUGCUUUGGUUGUAAAUAAAAGUGAUAUUUGUUUAACUAAUAAACUGAAAGCUUUA